AUGAGAUUAAACUUUAUACAAGGAAUUGCUGCACCAUUCCGCACCUUUGUCUCCUACAGCGGGAUUCACGUUCACGGGCAUCUCCAAGCUAAGCCGCCAUCUAGGCAAAUUUACCCAGGAGUAAAUUGUGUCACAGCUUGGUCCAAAACAGGCAUGCCUGGAAAUACGGCUUUAGAGGAAGAAAAGGUUGUAAGUCUGAUCCCUGUUGACCUCAUCGUAACUGCUUUUCUUUCAGGAGAUACUGACAGUCAAGUCCCACAGCUGGAUAGAUCAAGUCUGCAACUUCCCAAAGGUCUGACUGUGUUGAAGACUGUAUUUAUUGAUGGCCCACAGUUGGGUAUCUUCUGCACAGAAGCCAUUCUUAAGGGUAUCCGGUUUGGGCCUUUCCAAGGCAAAGUGGUCAACACCAGCGAGAUUAAAACUUAUGAUGACAAUUCUUUGAUGUGGGAGAUUUUUGAAGAUGGCCAAUUGAGUCAUUUCAUUGAUGGCAGAGGUUCUUCUGGAAACUGGAUGUCAUUAGUGAACUGUGCCCGCUUCCCAGAGGAGCAAAACCUGACAGCCCUUCAGUGCCAGGACCAGAUCUAUUAUGAGAGCUGCAAAGAAAUUACACCGGGCCAAGAACUUCUGGUCUGGUAUGGUGAUUGUUACUCACAGUUUCUUGGCAUUCCUAUCAGCCUCAAAGGAACAGCAGAAGAAAAGCAAACCCCACAGCGUAGUGAAGAAUCUGUGGAGGGUUAUGAAUGUGGGCGGUGUGAAAAAGUCUUUGCCUACAGAUAUUACCGGGACAAGCAUCUGAAGUACACACGAUGUGUGGACCAAGGAAACAGAAAAUUCCCAUGCCAUCUUUGCAACCGGUCUUUUGAAAAACGGGAUCGUCUGAGAAUCCACAUUCUCCAUGUUCAUGAGAAGCACAGACCUCAUAAAUGCUCUGUGUGCGGUAAAAGUUUCUCUCAGUCCUCUAGUCUAAACAAGCACACAAGGGUGCAUUCUGGAGAACGACCGUAUAAGUGUGUAUACUGCAACAAGGCCUUUACUGCCUCCAGCAUCCUGCGUACUCACAUCCGCCAACAUUCAGGAGAGAAGCCCUUCAAGUGUAAGCACUGCGGUAAAGUGUUUGCUUCACACGCUGCCCAUGACAGUCAUGUGCGACGCACACAUUCCAAAGACAAAGGUUCUAAAUGUACGCUGUGUGAUAAAAUAUUCUUGAAGGCAGAAGAGUUUCGCUUCCACAUGAAAUUCCACAAAACUCUUUAG